GUUGCCUUGGAGAAGGUUUUUAACUUCGCUGUUUCAAAUAUAUUUGAGACGAGAGUUGCUGGUCGAAUGGUGGCUGAUAUGUGUCGAGCUGCAGUAAAAUGCCGCCCUGAGGAAUCCUUGAAGCUGUUUGUACCACAUUGCUGCAAUGUUGUAACUCACCUCACAGUCAAUGAUGAUGUAUUACAUGAUGAAGAACUAGAUAAGGAGCUACUUUGGAAUCUUCAGCUUUUGUCAGAGAUCACUCGAGUGGAUGGAAAGAAGUUGCUACCGUACAGGGAGCAGCUUGGGAAGAUACUGCAGCGAACCCUACAUUUAACCUGUAAGCAGGGUUACAUUCUGUCUUGUAACCUACUGCACCAUCUUCUUCGUUCUGCUACACUUAUCUACCCCACAGAGUACUGCAGUGUGCCAGGUGGCUUUGACAAGCCUCUUUCUGAAUACUUUCCUAUCAAGGACUGGGGUAAACCAGGUGACCUGUGGAACUUGGACAUCCAGUGGCAUGUUCCUUCAUCUGAGGAAAUAGACUUCGCUUUUUAUUUGCUGGAUACUUUUCUUCAGCCUGAGCUCACCAGACUAGAGCUCUAUGCGGUUGGAAAACUAGAAAUGUCCAGAGAUGAUGUGCAGCAGUGUCUUGCUAUAGUGCAUAACUGCUUGAUUGGUUCUGGGAACGUUCUACCUCCUCUAAAAGGAGAAAGGGUGGCUCAUCUAGUCCCAAGUCUGGUGUCUUUGGAAGAGACAAAACUGUACACUGGUGUUGAGUAUGAUUUAUCAAGAGAGAAUUAUCGAGAAACGAUUGCAAGGGUUACAAGGAAGUUGCUGCGCUAUAUACUUGAUAACUCAGAAGAUGAUACCAAGUCUUUGUUUCUAAUAAUAAAGAUUAUUAGUGAUGUUUUACAGUUCCAGGGGUCUCACAAGCAUGAGUUUGAUUCACGAUGGAAAAGCUUUAACCUAGUGAAAAAAUCAAUGGAGAACAGGCUUCAAGGAAAGAAACAGCACAUCAGAGCUUUGCUGAUUGACAGAGUUAUGUUGCAGCAUGAGCUGAGAACACUAACGAUGGAAGGCUGUGAAUACAAAACUUCCCACCAGGAGAUGAUCAGAGAUCUUCUGUGUUUGUCCACAAGUUCAUAUGGUCAGGUCAGAAGUAAAGCUCAGCAAGCAUUCUUCACAGCUCUGGGAACAUACAAUUUUUGUUGCAGAGAUAUCAUUCCUUUGGUUUUAGAGUUCUUGCGUCCAGACCGGCAAGAUGUCACUCAAAAGCAAUUUAAAGGUGCCUUAUAUUGUCUUCUUGGAAAUCACAGUGGAGUAUGUUUGGCAAAUCUUCACGAUUGGGAUUGUAUUGCACAGACGUGGCCAGCAAUUGUUUCUUCUGGGCUUAGCAAAGCUAUGUCCUUGGAAAAACCAUCCAUAGUUAGACUCUUUGAUGACCUAGCAGAAAAAAUCCAUAGGCAGUAUGAAACAAUUGGAUUGGAUUUUGCAGUUCCAGAGAAGUGUGUUGAGGUAGCUGUUAUGCUGCAAAAAUCAGAACAUCCAAGUUCAAACUUCACGGGUCUUCGUUCAGAAGAAAUUCAGUUAGGAAUUCAGCGACAGAAAGAAAAGAACGCUGAGGCUCUGCGAAACUAUGAAAAUUUGGUCAACAUGCUGCUGGACUGUGUGGAACAAAGAAAUCUUCCCUGGAAGUUUGAGCACAUAAGCAUUGGUUUUCUGUCUCUGCUUUUGAGGGAUGAUAGGAUACUGCCUGUCCGUGCCAUAAAAUUUUUUGUGGAGUGUCUCAACCAUGAUGCAAUUGUAGUUCGUAAGGUGGCCAUCUCGGCUGUGGCUGGUAUUCUCAAGCAGCUUAAGAGAACACACAAGAAAGUGCACAUCUGCCCUUAUGAAAUAAGUGGAAACCCGAAGCCUUCCAGCAUUCAAGCUGGUGACAGACCGGAUAACCAGUGGCUGCACUAUGACAGUCAGAGUUUACCAAAGACUAAGGAAGCUUGGGAGUCGUGUUGUUUUGUGGAGAAAACACACUGGGGAUAUUAUACCUGGCCUCAAACUAUGACAGUUUAUGCUCCUGUUGAGCAUCAGCCAAAGCUUGGGCGAAGGAGAGAUGAGCUGACAGAGGCAGAACAAAUUAUAUAUGAUCAUUUUUCUGAUCCCAAGUUUGUUGAGCAGUUAAUAAAAUUUUUGUCUUUAGAAGACAGAAAAGGAAAAGACAAAUUUAAUCCUCGCAGAUUUUGCCUCUUCAAGGGCCUUUUCAGAAACUUUGAUGAUGCCUUCUUGCCAGUUCUUCAGCCCCAUUUAGAACAACUUGUGGCAGACUCCCAUGAAAGCACCCAGAGAUGUGUAGCUGAAAUUAUAGCUGGCUUAAUAAGAGGUUCUAAACACUGGACAUUUGAGAAGGUGGAAAAACUUUGGGAGCUUCUCUGUCCAUUGCUUCGAACCGCUUUAUCCAACAUUACAGUGGAAACGUAUAAUGAUUGGGGCACCUGCAUAGCAACCUCCUGUGAGAGCAGAGAUCCUAGGAAACUGCACUGGUUAUUUGAAUUGCUGUUGGAAUCUCCAUUGAGUGGUGAAGGAGGAUCAUUUGUAGAUGCAUGCCGACUUUAUGUACUGCAAGGUGGCCUUGCACAGCAAGAAUGGAGAGUACCAGAGCUGUUGCACCGACUGCUGAAGUACUUGGAACCUAAACUCACACAGGUUUACAAAAAUGUUCGAGAGAGAAUAGGAAGUGUUUUGACCUACAUAUUCAUGAUAGAUGUUUCCUUGCCAAAUACUGCUGCAACAAAAUCUCCUCGUGUCCAUGAGUUUACUACCCGGAUACUAGAAAAUCUUAAACCCCUCAUGGAGGCAGAUGAAGAAAUUCAGAAUCAUGUUAUGGAGGAGAAUGGAGUUGGUGAACAAGAUGAGCGAACUCAGGGCAUUAAACUUUUGAAAACUAUUCUGAAGUGGUUGAUGGCAAGUGCAGGACGGUCCUUCUCUACAGCUGUCACAGAGCAACUCCAGCUUUUACCCUUAUUUUUCAAGAUUGCACCAGUAGAAAAUGACAAUAGCUAUGAUGAGCUCAAAAGAGAUGCUAAGAUGUGUUUGUCAUUAAUGUCUCAGGGUUUGCUGUAUCCUCAGCAAGUGCCUUUGGUACUUCAGGUGCUAAAACAAACAGCAAGAAGCAAUUCUUGGCAUGCUAGGUAUACCAUAUUAACCUACCUCCAGACCAUGGUGUUCUACAAUCUCUUUAUCUUUCUCAACAAUGAAGAAGCAGUCAAUGACAUUAGAUGGCUGGUUAUAAAACUCCUAGAAGAUGAACAGCUUGAGGUGAGAGAAAUGGCUGCUACCACACUGAGUGGUCUCCUACAGUGCAAUUUUCUCACUAUGGAUGGGCCCAUGCAGACCCACUUUGAACAGCUGUGCAAGAUGAGGUUACCAAAAAAACGAAAGCGAGACCUAGGUUCAGUGGUGGAUACAAUUCCUUCUGGUGACUUGGUUAAACGCCACGCUGGUGUGCUAGGACUGAGCGCGUGUAUUUUGUCAAGUCCGUAUGAUGUACCCACCUGGAUGCCACAGCUCUUGAUGGAUCUCAGUGCCCAUCUUAAUGAUCCUCAGCCUAUUGAGAUGACUGUGAAAAAAACAUUGUCAAAUUUCCGGAGGACCCAUCAUGACAACUGGCAGGAGCAUAAACAGCAGUUCACAGAUGACCAGCUACUAGUGCUUACUGACCUCUUGGUUUCACCAUGCUAUUAUGCAUAGA